AUGUUCUUAUAUCCUGUGCUAUUCCUCACUUAUCCUGUUUUCGAUCUUGUUGUCAUCGACCCUCCCUUGGCCACUACGCAUUCGGUCAUCGUAAACCUUAUUCUUCUUACUGGUCUUCCCUUUUUACUUACAUAUGUCCCCUCUUUAUUAGACGACAACGAGAGGUCUGCUCCUGGCACUCCAUCUGCUCCUCCAUCUGCUCCCUCAACCCCGCGCAGCCGCAGCCACGUUCGACCUAUAGCUAUCGAUCUACCUCAAAUCAGACGUUUCACUUCCGCUCCCGCACGCACGCCUCCCGAACCCUUAUCAGCAAGAGGUGACCUUCCUGGAGGUUACUUCCCACUUCACGAGGAUCCCAACAGUCGUGUCCAUCGGCCACACCCUUUCCAGCAUCAUCCCGACACUCGCAUGAGUCGUCUCAUCUCUGAAUCUGGACCAAUCUACGCCGACUCUCCCACUUCUCAUCCAGCUCAAAGUGCAGUCAUGUCUCACUCAAACACUCCCGUCGCCUCUUACCUUGCUCCAGGCUUCCAUGACCAGCCUGUCCCCAUGGGCAAAUACUACCCAUCCAACUACGAAAGGAAAUAUGGCGCCCAAUCAGUUCGACCUCCCUUGUCUGGAAGCGUAUCCUCCAAUGUUGGAUCCGAUUCCAGUGCAAGUGCCCAGGCGAAACUCGACAGCGAGCUUCGUCGCAAGUUGAUCCAGUACAAGCGCGAUAUGGUUACACAAACAAGUAUGGCUGCAAAUGAAUUCAUUGGUAGCUCGGCCAAGUCUGGCGACAAGCCUGGAUUGUCACUCAAUGACCUUCCCUUCCGGGACUGGAGCUUUGCUACUCCCGGCUAUCAGAGGCCCUUAUCCCCCAGACUUGCUCCCAUAUCAAGUCCCGGUCCUAUCACUCCCAUGGAGCUUGAAAAAGCUGCCGCUGGUGGUGACUACAUGAGUCGCUAA